UCAUAGCUGUGGGUGGAGACUUCUCCAGUAGCUGGGUUAAUGCUCGCAGAAUCAAAUUUACGUUACUUAGCGAUAAAAUUAAGCCGACACGCGAUAUGUUAAUCACAACGGUGAAUGAACACAUAGUGUGUUUAGCUUAAUAGCCUCGGAAAUGCCUCGUUUGUACGAUGUAAAGUUGUAAAGGUUCAUUGGCACUGGUUUACUUGGAGCUGCAGUUGAAACAGUGUAUCCGCAGUGAAUUAACAUCACUUCGUCCUGGCUCACCUUUCCCACAGGUGGAGCAUGAGUACGUGGUCGGAGAUCUGCUGCGAUGCGUGCUAUUGGGUGUAGGAUGAACCUGCCGGCUGUGCUGAAUGGCCUGCUGGUGUCAGUGGUGGCAGCCUUGCUUUGGAAAUACGCUCGGCUGAUUGAACACACAUCACAGUUGGAAGAGGAGCUACAUCUUACACGCCAAUCACAGGAGUUCUCACAGGUCCAUAUCGACUACCACGGUGCCCUGUUAGCACUCCAAGAGCAUGGCACCAGAAUGGUCUGCACUGGCAAGAUGCAUACUGAUCGCAUCUGCCGCUUUGACUACCUCUGCUACUGCACAGAGGCUGAGGAGUUUGUAUUCUUCCACAGUAAUGCCUCUGUGAUGCUGCCCAACCUUGGCCCUCGGCGUUUCCAGCCCGCCUUGCUAGACCUCUCAUCUGUAGAAGACCACAACACUCAAUACUUUAACUUUCUCGAGCUCCCGGCAGCGGCUUUGAAGUUCAUGCCGAAACCUGUGUUUGUGCCAGAUGUCACACUAAUUCUGAACCGUUUUAACCCAGACAACCUCAUGCACAUUUUCCAUGACGAUCUUUUGCCCAUCUACUACACCAUGCAGCAGUAUUCAGACUUGGAUGAUGAAGCCAGGCUCGUCUUCAUGGAGGGUUGGAGUGAAGGGGCUCACUUCGAUCUCUACCGCUUGCUCAGCAGUAAGCAACCACUUCUCAAGGAGCAGUUGAAGACCUUUGGCAAACUCAUGUGUUUCACCAAGUCCUACGUUGGAUUGUCAAAGAUGACAACAUGGUACCAAUAUGGCUUUGUGCAACCGCAAGGACCCAAAGCCAACAUUUUGAUUUCAGGUAACGAGAUCCGCCAGUUUGCUUCAUUUUUGAAGGAGAGGCUUAACAUCACGCGGGAGGAGGGCGAUGACUACAUUGUAGUUUUUAAGCGUACCACUAACAGGCUCAUCCUCAAUGAGGCGGAACUUCUUCUGGCUUUAGCCCAAGAGUUCCAGAUGAGGACUGUCACUGUGUCUUUGGAGGAGCAGUCGUUUGAUAGCAUUAUCCAAAUAAUUAGUGGGGCGACUAUGUUGGUUAGCAUGCACGGAGCCCAGAUGAUCACCUCUAUGUUCUUACCCCGUGGUGCUGCUGCGGUUGAACUCUUCCCUUAUGCUGUAAACCCAGAGCAGUACACUCCCUACAAAACCUUGGCCUCCUUACCUGGAAUGGACCUUCAGUAUGUUGCAUGGAGAAAUACCAUUGAAGAGAACACCGUUACAUAUCCUGAACGCCCCUGGGAUCAGGGUGGCAUAGUCCACCUUGAGAAGGAGGAACAAGAACGUAUCCUUGCCAGCAAGGAGGUGCCAAGACAUCUUUGUUGUCGUAAUCCAGAGUGGCUUUUUCGCAUUUACCAGGACACUACUGUGGACAUUGCCUCCUUUCUGGAUGUGCUCAGAGAAACUCUAAAAAAGCCUAAUCUGAAAAAGGUCAAGGUGGCUAGCACUGUACAUCCUGGUCGAGUCAGAGAGCCCAAGUGCCAGUCAUCGGUACAGGCCUCCAAUGAAGCAAAACUCUCUGUGUCAUGGCAGAUCCCUUGGAACCUGAAGUAUCUGAAGGUUAAAGAGGUAAAAUAUGAGGUGUGGAUCCAGGAGCAAGGAGAGAACACAUAUAUGCCUUACAUUCUGCCCCAUCAGAACUACACCUUCUCAGAAAACAUCAAACCCUUUACCACAUAUUUAGUAUGGGUGCGCUGUAUCUUUAACAAGAACCUCUUGGGCCCAUUUGCAGAUGUACUUAUUUGUAAAACUUGAUUCAGUAAUCAGAUUAGAUGUAACACUGUCACUGUCAGUUAGCAAAGAAUUAAUUUGAAGAUUAAUUCUCAGGAGCUAUCCUGAAAAUUAAACUGUGUGACGGGUGAAUUGUUUUCAGACUCGGUUGUCACUUUUGUGACUUGAUUGUUCUUCAUGGUCCUUAUGGAGUGUCACAAACUGACAGAAUGAAAGGCCUGACUGCAACGAAGGUUGGAAGCAAAUGCAGUUUACAGAACUGCCAGUUCUUUUAGCUCAUGCCACCGUCCAAGUGAAGUUCUCAAUGACUUUAUCAGAAAAGAUUUGCAUAAUUUAAAUUUAUAUUUAUAAGUCCAAUACACUGGUUUUGUCUGAAGCCUGCUUUUGUUAACUAAAAAAACUGCUUAAAUUUCUGUGGCGUAAGCAACAUGAUAUGAAUUGUAUGUGACUUUGUGAGUAUGCCCUUUCUUGCCCAAGUUUUUGCAUUGUAUUUUUCAUUGACUUUAGUUAUGAAGAAGCUUUUUUGGGGUGGGUGGGUGUGGGGUAUGAAGUAACUGCAAAAAAAAUAAAAAAAAAUAAAAAAAGAAGCAAAAUCAAAAGUGAACUUUAAGAUAAACAUUUAAUAUUUGAAAAAUCGGCUGCUGUUGCGUGGAUUAACUGUAGAGUUGCUGCAGUGUUGUUUUCUUAAUUUUUAUUAUUAUUUUUUAAACCAGCCUCAAAACCACUGAAUAUUUUCCAGCUGUUUAAUGGGAAAUGUUUGAAUUUGUUUGCCAAUGAGAUCUAUCAAAUCUCAUUACAGUCAGAAGACUUAGAGGUCCAAGUCAUUAGUACCUUUGAUGAAUGGGGUGAAAUAGUUUAAGAUAGUGUCCUGAAAUUUGAAAGUAUCUUUUUGUUGUUGGUGGUGGUGGUGGUGGUGGUGGCAUGUCAGUAAUUACUUCUAACACCACUGUGUUAAGCAAGCUAGUGUAUUUGGUGAUAGCAGCAUAGUGGGCUAGUAGUGCAAAGAAAAUAGGUUCAAACGUGGGAAAGGCCAAUUCUUAAACUGUAGAGUGUAUGAGAAACUGCUAAAAGCAUUUGAUAAAUGUCCAGUGGAGGAGUAACAGUACUUUGAACCUUUUAUGACUGCAUAAGCCUUACAAAAUGCAAUAUUAAAUAUUUAAAGAUGACUAUUUAUAUGAUGUGUAAAGAAAACCACUGUUAAGAUGUUCUUACUAUCUUGUCAUUCAACAAAUGAACUUAAAACAGUGUCUAUAUCUGCUUUAUAGAAGGACAGUGCCAGUUUCUGUUGUAUUUUUAGAUGCUUUUGUGCAAAUUCUUCAUACAGUAUCUCAUCUGCAUUUCUGCAAAGACAAGGUAUGUUUUGCUGGCUUAUGGAUUAUUGAAAAGAUGGAAACGUGUUCUUUAUCUCUGCCAGUUAUUUACUGAAGAUAACUCUGGAACUCUAUACAUACUGUACCCCUGAUUUGUUAAAAGUUGCACUGUUUACAUUUUUUCCACUGCUGUGAUCAAUGAAUGGAACUUAAGAAAGUCAACAACUAACCACAAGCUGUUUUGUACUGUCAAGUCAUCUGUAUUUUAUUUAAUUUUUUUUCCCUUCUGUGAGGUUUUAUUCUGUCCUUCACUAUUCAGAGGACAUUCUGAAUUACAUGGAUAUAAAUGCUAAAAACAACCAAAAACAUUUCUAAUUGAAAUUCGGAAACGGCAAUCCAUGCAGCCAUGCAGUUUAUUUGCAUAACCCUGUGUUUCGAUGGUAAUUUUAUUCAAGUAUGAGGAUAAUAAAUGAAUUCUGUUUGUAAUACAAAAUAGCAGAAAUGUCCUUUGCAUAUAAUCAGAGAAAGGGAUGUUUGUGGUUUCACAUUCUCUCAUUUUAUUAAUUAGAUGAUAGUUUGCAACCCAGAAAUAGAUGUGUAUAUAUAUAUUGCAGGCUUGGGUCCUGCAAAUUGGUCCGUUCCCUGUGCCAGUUCAUGAGAUUUACCAUUAUGUGCCACUGGAAUGUCAUACAUCAUUUUUGUCACUUUUAUUAAAUGUACAAUUUCUCAGA